UUUACCAACAUUCAUAAAUUUCCAAAAAUCAAAAUUAUAAGUAAAAAUUAUAAUGAUUUAAAUCACCAACACCGCACAAUACAAAAGGCCAAGGUUAUUUUGCGCACAAUGAUUACAAUUACUAAAUCUCUGUAUUUACUAUGUUUUAUGAUAAGAUAAUUAACCAAUUUCAUAAUAAUAAAUUUGUCUUCUCAUUAAAAUAAAAAUGUUGACCAAAUACAAAGCUUUAACUUCUUCUUUAAGAACUUAUUGUAGUUCUGCAAAUGUUAUUAAAUCAAAUAUUGAUGUACAUUCACCAAAUUUCAAAGAAAACCAUGCGGUGAUGUCGAAAUUAACGGAAAUCCUACAUGAAAAGACUGCAAAUGCUAUAAAAGGUGGAGGAGAAAAAGCUGUUUCAAGACAUGUAUCGAAAGGGAAACUGUUAGCUAGAAACAGAAUUAAUUUAUUAUUAGAUCCAAAUUCGGCGUUCCUCGAAUUAUCAACGUUAGCUGCUCAUGAAAUGUAUGAUGGUUCCAUUACAUCAGCAGGAAUAGUUACUGGAAUUGGCAGAGUUCAUGGGCAGGAUUGUAUGAUUGUCGCAAAUGAUGCCACAGUUAAGGGUGGAACUUACUAUCCGAUGACUGUUAAAAAGCAUUUGAGGGCACAAGAAAUAGCACAAGAGAACAAUUUGCCAUGCAUUUACUUAGUGGAUAGUGGAGGAGCCAAUUUACCUCACCAGUCUGAGGUGUUUCCAGACAAAAAUCAUUUUGGCAGAAUCUUUUUCAACCAGGCAAACAUGUCUUCGAAGGGCAUAGCUCAGAUAGCAGUGGUAAUGGGAUCUUGUACUGCAGGUGGUGCUUAUGUACCAGCAAUGGCAGAUGAAUCAGUUAUUGUUAAGGAACAAGGUACUAUAUUCUUGGCAGGACCACCUUUAGUAAAAGCUGCAACUGGGGAAGAGGUUUCUUCUGAAGACCUUGGUGGUGCUGAGCUGCACUGUUCAACAUCUGGAGUUACUGAUCAUUUUGCACUCAAUGAUGAGCAUGCAAUUCAUCUGGCAAGGCAAAUUAUCAACAACUUGAACAGGAAACAUGAAAAUCCUUUUAAUGAACCUUUUGAAUCUCCAAUUUAUGACAGUGAAGAAUUGUUUGGUAUUAUUGAUCAGGAUCUUUUCAAACCAUUUGAUGUUAGAGAAGUAAUUGCUAGGAUAUUUGAUGGUUCAAAGUUCAAUGAAUUUAAAAAGAAGUAUGGCCAAACUCUUGUUUGUGGUUUUGCCAAACUUUAUGGCAAAACUGUGGGAAUCAUUGGAAACAAUGGUGUGUUAUUUGCUGAGAGUGCAAUGAAAGGAGCGCAUUUCGUUCAACUUUGUACCCAAAGAAACAUUCCUCUUGUAUUUUUGCAAAAUAUUACAGGAUUCAUGGUUGGGAAACAGGCUGAAACUGGUGGAAUAGCCAAACAUGGGGCAAAACUAGUCACAGCAGUGGCGUGUGCUACGGUACCAAAAUUAACUUUAAUCAUUGGAGGAUCUUAUGGAGCUGGAAAUUACGGUAUGUGUGGAAGAGCAUAUUCACCAAGAUUCCUUUAUAUGUGGCCUAAUGCCAGAAUUUCCGUAAUGGGUGGUCAACAAGCUGCUGGAGUGUUGUCUCAAGUAGCCAGCAAAGGGAAAUCAUGGUCAAAGGAAGAAAAAUCGAAGUUUGAAAAACCUAUUAUUGAGCAGUUUGAUAAAGAAGGAUCUGCAUAUUUCAGCAGUGCAAGGCUCUGGGAUGAUGGAAUAAUUGAUCCAAGAGACACCAGGAAGGUCUUAGGUUUGAGUUUAGCUGCUAGUUUAAAUGCUCCUAAAAGUAAAACUGAUUUUGGUGUCUUCAGAAUGUAGUAAUCUCUUAAAUAAACGUUUUUAUAUUAAA